AUGGCGGCUCCGGUGGAGCAAGGUGUUCAGUCAGAUUCGCUGCCUGCGGGGGAUUUCCCCCCGAAGAAGCUGGCUAGGCAGUUGGAUUUCACUUUGUACGGUCCUGUGUCGGCAACGGUGGCCGCUUCGGAGCAACCGCAGCGGAGGCCGGCGCAACCGCAGCAGGCGUUGACACAGGCAAAACAGCAUCUUCCAUCGUCGCCUGUGACAACGAAAACAUCCGAAACAUCAACAGGAGCUGCAGCUCCCUCUUCUGUUCCCGUGCUUCCUCUCCCGCGAACAUCAGUCCUUUUGUCCGCGUGAGUUUUCUUCUCUAUACCUACUUUAACGACUCAAUUUUAAAGUUUGCAUUUUUUCUUCUCGUUAGAUCUUUUCUGUCUUUGUAGAUUAAGAUCUAUACUUUCGCCUCAUGUGGCUGCGUCCAUAACUAUUGCCCAGCUCAUUUCUUUUAACCUUUAUGUGUUGUGGAUGGUGGAGACCAUUGGCAUCACCGGGCAUCGUUUUUAACAUGUUCUUCAUGGAUCUUUAGUGUGAUAAACAUCACACAGUAUUUUCAUUCAAACGAUAGUUGAUAAUUCACGACUACAAUAUAUCGCUUAUCUAAUAGUUAACUAAAUAUCUAUAUUACAUAGUUAACGAUUCCAAAGAUGUAAUAUUUUUAUAUCCUAGUAUCUAUGGAGUUGCAAAAAAUGAAUGUUCUCUGGAUCCGGUACCAUUAUGAUAUUAUAUUAUUUGUACUAUUUUUUGUUACAUUAAUUUUUAUUUUUUUUUUGUAGCAUUACCACGGUUUUUUUGGUGGUUAAAGAAUGAAAUUUAUCUCCAGGAAAAGAAUCACAGAGAAAGUAUCUUGAUCUUUUGUUUGAAUUCGGUAAUAAUGUUAUCAGCGUAGAAUAUGUUGGUUUAGAAACAGAAAUUUGGCUCUACAUUCUGAAAGUGGGUUAUUGUAUUGCACUACUGAAAAAUGGUUCUGUCUCCAGGUCUGGAAGUGAGCAUGCUAUGAAUUUGUAUCUUUGGUUUCAGCAGGUUUCAUGUCUGAGGGAAAAGAAGGGGGAGGAAAGAGUGAAUAAAAAAAGAAGUAGAAAAGGCAAAAUGACAAAAACAAACAAGUGUAGCAAUGACAGUCAACAGAACACAGUGAGUUGUUGAUGGUCUCUGCGACGAGUGAUGGGCAUCAAUUAAUGCCGGUACCAGAGAUCUUGGCUAGUAUUGAAGGUAAUAAUGGAGCUUAGAGCUGGUGGUGCCCAAAAACAGAUAUGAGCCCUAAAAGAUAGUAUUCAUAUAUUAAGGAGUUAUACUCGUGAAGCAGGCUACUAACAUAAAAGUGGUCAGAAAUUCGUCCACAUUUUGGGAUAAAAUAGACAGUUUGCUUCAAGCCGAGUUCCACAUAUUUAAAAAAUAGUCCUGAUACAUAUUUUUUUCUCAGUAUUACGCUUUAGUCAACUUUUAACUAUGGACAUAUCAGGGGAACUGGUUCUGAUUCCCAUUUUAAAUGUUCUAUUUUUGUUUGAUUCGUUCUGUUCUUGUAAACUCAGGCUUUGCAUCUGUCAUUGCGAGAAACAUAUCAAUUUGUAGGUUUAAGUGCUUUUGACUUGUGUGUAGGUUCUCUUUGCCACAUCACUAAUGGAUAAGACAAAUAUUUUUCUCCUUUUUAUGUUUGAAAGCAUCCGGAUGGUUUCUCUUAUUCUAAUUUUGGCAAAGCCAGUGAACCAUACCAAUAGAAGGAGACUGUAGGGGGGCUUAUUUGCUUUUCUGGUCUCUUUGUGGUAGGACUAUACCGGCUAUUUGCACGUCAAUGGAUCACAUAGAGGCUGAAUAAAAAUAAAAAUAAAAAUUAGUGGAUUUUCUUUUAAAAAAGGGUCCUUGUCGUCUUUGACAUCUUUGGAUCAUUCCUGGAAGACUACAUAGCAUGGUCUCGCUAUUAUUGGUGCAAGACCGCCAGGUAGUACAUAAUGUCGAUGAUCAAGUUUCUGAAGCCUACUAGACUACUUGUAAGAAGCGGGUUGGUGUAUUUAGGCUUCACCAGUUGGGAACAUCAGGAAUUUGGGGGCAGGUAGACCCCAAGGAAUCUCUAAGCAUUUUAUAAAAUCUCUCUCUUCCUUUUUCACAUCAGCCAUUGUAUAUUUGUUGUAUAUUAUAGGAUGCUCUCAAAUAGGGCUAUGGUUUACGUUCCCACCUUCCUGAACUCUAAUUUUGCUCCCAAAUAUUUGUUGUAUAUUAAAUUUUGCUUUCUGUUUAAUUUUUCUCUCAAAAGUGUGAGUUGUUGAAGACAAUUGAGAAAGUGAUAAACUUAAGUUUCUAGUAUUCUGAAAUUCGCUAGACGAUUUCCCUGGGGAUUCAACUGUCAGAAGUCAAGCCAGUUCCCGAAAUGAUUGAUAUGGCAUAUUUUUUUAUCAUUUUGGAAAAAUUGAAGUCGCACAUAAUUUGUGAUUUUCUGCACACGCGAGAAGAACCCAAUUUUUUUUAUUUGAUCUUUUCUUAACUGAUAUGAUCAUAGGCUAAUUUAUUGUGUAUCAAUGCUUGAAGAAUCUUGGAUUCAAGACUUUUUAUGGAAAUAAACCUCUGCCCUUUUUUUCGGCUUUCUGUCUGCAAUAGCAUGGCCUCCUGAUCUGUCUAACUAUCAAUAUUCAUUUCCAUUUCUUCAGGAAGCCUGACUCUCCAAAGCCACACCCACGGCCUGGGUUUGAAGUGAAAGAUGGCACCCCAAAGAAAAAAAGGCAAUGCAACUGUAAAAAUUCGAAAUGUUUGAAGUUGUAAGUGAGCUGUCUCCUAAUAAUUUUUUUGUCGUUUUCACUCUCUAUCUCUAAAUGGGCCCUUUGAUGGAAUUUCUUGAUCAACUGUGCUGUAAUGACCUCUGCACGGUUGACGCAAUUGUUCACCAGCAUUAGCAAUGUAUAAAAAAGAUUGUUCAGCCUCACUUUGAAAUGUAGCAAGUAUGAUUUUGCUUGCCAAUACCAUCAGAAAUCUGUCAUCGCCCAGUGUCUAAUUCCUGGCUAUUUGACGCAUCUCAUUCACAUAAAACGUCGAGUUGUCUCCUGAUUAUUUUUUGUGCAAUUUUAUGGAUUGAAUUUACGUUUUCCCCUAAAGGAAGUCUUUUGUAUCAUUUUCAUUCAAUUGCUGACAACGUCUGGCGUUCAUGAUGUCUCUCCAUAUUCUUUUCUCUUGUUUGAUGGCACAGCUAGCUGCCUUGCAUUAUCUAGUUCAAGUAUUUUUGCUGAUAAUUUUUAGUUGCGAUUGAUUCUUGUGAUUCAUGUGCAGGUAUUGUGAAUGUUUUGCAUCCGGAUCUUAUUGUGGUGAUGGAUGUAAUUGCGUGAAUUGCCAUAAUAACAUUGAGAAUGAAGCUGCAAGGCAAGAGGCUGUUGAAGCAACCCUAGAGCGUAAUCCUAAUGCCUUUAGGCCAAAAAUUGCGAGCAGUCCGCCUGCAAUUAGAGAUAGUAGGGUAUGUUUUGGUCAGUAUAUUUGCUACUGCAUAAUAAUUUGACACAAAUGCACUUAAACACAUCCAUACAGCCAGCCAUAAGAGAAGCAGUAUUUCCUUGGGAAUUUUCAUUUAAACUCUUUCUAAGAGGGAUUUUUCUUUUGUUUCCCACCUGGUGAGGGUGUCCAUGUUUAGGUGACAGAUUGAGGGUGAGUGCAAUCUUUUUUCUUCUAGUGUGUAUGAUCUUCUCUGGGUGAAGCUCCAAUGGAAUGCCUUUGUCGUAUGUUUUCGGUUAAAGAGACUGCCUUAUGACCAUUUUUUUUUUUAGAGAAAAUCAGCAUCAUUAGGAUGUUCUCCUCACUGGCAUUUCCAUGCUACUAUGAACUGCAUUCUUGAAGUCGUAAUGUAGACACCCUCAUGUAACAAAGCUUUAUAUUCUCGAGUUAUUGAUGUUCUAUAUCAGUGAGGAAAACCACUUUCAUAAAUGCAAAGUGAAAGAAAUAAAAUAAAAUGGACAUUAUCCAGUUUUUUUUGUUUCCUCUCCGUUAGUUUCUAGCUUUCUGGGUAAAACGUGCUUUAUUUUGUCACAUUAACCGGUUUUUUGCAUUUUCUUGCACUGACCUAGCUUCUUCAACUAAUCUUGUCAAUAAUAUAUUUUUUGUAUUCCUGUUUUCCUAACAUGAGAUGGCCUUUUUGAAAUGAUAGGAGGCCGAACUCCCUUUACUGGGAAAGCACAACAAAGGAUGCAAUUGCAAGAAGUCAGGGUGUCUAAAGAAAUAUUGUGAGUGCUUCCAGGCGAACAUUCUCUGCUCUGAAAAUUGUAAAUGUUGUGACUGCAAGAACUUUGAGGGAAGUGAUGAGAGGCGGGCUCUUUUCCAUGGAGAUCACGGUAGAAACAUUGCUUACGCCCAACAGGCAGCUAAUGCUGCCAUCACUGGCGCUAUAGGAUCUUCUGGGUAUGGUUCUUCUCCAGCAUCGAAAAAGAGAAAAAACCAAGAAACCCUGUUUGGCCCAGGGCUCAAGGAUCCAUCCGUUCAAAAGCUUGCACAGUUUCCACAGGUACUUUAUUUUUUCUCAUUGGACGUCCGUGCUGCAUGUGAAUUAUGCCAGUUAUAUAAAAAAGUGUGAUAUUUAAGUGUGAGAAAGUUACAGACCGUUUUCAUCUAUCCAUUACCAAUUUCUUUUGUUCACAAGUGUAACAUUUUAGUUGAUAUUUUAUGCAUGCCCUCAUCUGAGACAUCUAGACCAUGAAAAGGAUGUGCUGAGCUAGAUUCCUAAAUUUAUUAGGUGAACACGUUGAAGAACCCAUCCCCUUCUUCCCUGGGUUUCAUGCCUGGACGUGCUGUUAAUCCUGCAGGAACAGGUUCUACGAAGGUAACAUACAGGUAGUCAUCCUAUCCUACAUUCGGCGCAUAUUAUUUUGUUGCUGAUAAUUUUCUUGUGGAAGUGCGUAUAGUCAUUUGAAAUCUUUUAAUUUGACCUUUAAUUUGUCUUUCCCAAUAUGAAGGCCUCUUCUAGCGGAUAUAAUACAACCAGAGGAUGUUAAGGAGCUUUGCAAACUUCUGGUGGUUGUCUCAGGAGAAGCUGCCAGAGCUUUAGCAGGUAAAAUUGACAUUAUUAGGGAUCCUUGAAAAUUUAUUACUUAAUGGGUUUACGCGAAUUAAUUUGAUUUGAGUUGGGAUUGUUGUAACUGUGUCAGAGCUCGUGGACAAUCUAAUUGUCUAAACUUAGACAGACAUGUAAUCGGUGUUAGAGAUAUGGGACAAUCUAAUUUGAAAUCAAUUGGCGAUGAGUGGUGUGGGAUCAUUUUUAUUAUCACAUUUUAUUUUCUAUGAACCAGAACGAGACUAUUCUAACGCUGCUUGAGUAGAAGCCAUCUAUAUCGAUGUUUCCUUUUGUUCUAGUGGUUUUUUUUGACUUUUGACAAAUAAUAAAGCUAGUGCAAGUGGCUUGCAGUCGAUAGAAUUGAAAUGGGCUGAUGGGGGUUAGUUGGACAUGUAAUGAUAUUUCACAAAAAUGACGAAAAUUCUCAUUCCGCUAUGGGUUUCAUACAGUUACCUUGUUAACUCUGAGAUUUCACUAUCUGAUAUGAGUUAGUCUCUAUUUAUGUCGGUAUUUUUGUUGGCCGGACAUCUUUAUUUAAACAUUCCUAUGGCUUUCGAUUUGCUCUCCUGAAUUGACUUUCUUUUGUUAUAUAUUCAUCAUACCGUACUUAAUUAUACAUCUUUUAGCCUUUAGGUUAAGAAUCCUAAGGGACGGAUGCUAAUUUAUCUUACUUUCUUGUCAUUUAAUAUUUCUCCUCUUCCUCUGCGUAGACUUCUCCCAUUUUAAGCUCUUAAUGAUUUGGUUCAAUUUUCUCUUAUCAAAGAGUAUAAUUCUUUCUGAUAUCCGGAGAAUCUUGCAACUAAGAUUUCUAAAUUGGAAUGGAUGCAUUAAAAAUAUAAUUCUUACUCAAGACAUCUUUUGAUUCCCUCAUCUGAAAAUUUCCCCAUUAACCAUCGUAUCAUCAUUGUAAUAUACCGAAUGAUUCUAGUUAAGCUUCUCUACCGAACAACUUCGCCAUGAAACGUAGCCACAUACUUAGUAAACUGUCAGGAAUGUGCCGUUUGUCUUUUUCUGUACAGUAUUAACGGUCCUAAAACUUGCAGUGAAGAAGGACGAAGAGGAGAAAGCUGCAGAAAGUGAGGAUCGCACAUCAACCACUAGUGCUUCCCUAGCCCAAAACAGGGAUGAGCACCAGAAGGAACCCUAUGGUCAGAUAAGGUCAGGUAAUGAGCAUCUGAAUGGCGGAAGGGCAGACAUCAUGGCCACAGAAUCUGAACAAGAUGGUCCUGAGGUUCAGGGUGGAGGAAGGCCUAUGUCCCCUGGGACACUGGCACUGAUGUGUGAUGAACAGGAUUCAAUGUUCAUGGCUUCGUCUUCUCAUAAUGCGGGCGCAUCUUCAAGGUUUCCAUCUGGUCAAUCUAUGCCAGAGAUCUAUAUUGAGCAGGAAAGAUGUAUCUUGACAGAGUUCCGGGACUGUCUCCGAAAUCUUAUCACAUAUGGAAAGAUAAAAGGUAACAAUUCCAAUAAACUCCAUAUGCCGAAAUUAUAUAGAACUUGAAGGUUUUUAGGGAACUAAUCUGUCGUAAGUCCAUUUGAAUUUCCUUUGAGAAGGCUGGUGGGCUGAAAACCAUGUUAAUUUAUAGAAAUCUUUCAUUGAACUAUAAAUAUGAUUGCUCUAUUGUUUUCAUACUAUUCUUUAAACGUUAACUGAUUUCUUUUUGCAAAUCUCACCUAAAAUCUUCUUGAUAAAAGAGGAACAGUAUCCUUUUGAGAUACAUUCUUAUGGCAGAUCAAUGGCUCACCUUGAUCGAGUGUGAAAAGUUAUUUUAUGAUAUAUAAUGAUCAUCAAUCUUUCCAGAUGCCGGGAAUUUGAGCACUGUCAAGUGCGCUUUCAUCAGGAUCUGUAAAUACCUCUGUAAACUGAAGUAAUCCGGUUUUUGUUUUUCAGAAGCUAAGUACUCUUCCAUGGCCACAAAAUCAGAUUCAUCAAACCUUCAGGAAGCCGUUACCAGUGGGAUUCCAAGAUCUUCGAUUCCCAGCUCGUCAGGUGUGAUUCAGAAUGCAAUUUUCGGUGCCGUCCCUUUCAGUAGCUGCAAGCCACCAAAGGCCGGGCCACCAGGUGUAGACAAUGGUGAACUCCAGCUGAAGAUUGAAAAGGUAGAACUGUAG